AUGGCUUCGGUGCUCUCAGUGCUCUCUCUGCUCGCGGCAGAAGCGGUCGCCUGCCAGCGGGAUUUCCUCAGUCCCCGCAGCGCCGGCGCCCACCGCCAUUCGAAGCUCGCCGCUCGUCAAGAGACGGCCUUCCCUCCGGUGCUGUCCGAAACUGAGGCGAUCCUGGUCAAUUCCUUCGACAACACCACCAUCGACUCGUGGUCCUACUACUACACUCACGGACUGCACAUUGCCGGCACCAACGAGAGUGUAGCUCAGUGGACGGCGGACCAAUGGUCGUCCUUCGGCGUUCCCUCCUCGCUCGCCGAGUACUGGACUUUCCUCAACUACCCCGUGUCACAGUCCGUUUCGGUCAAUUUCCCCAAUGGUAGCAGCUACUCUGCUACGUUGAUUGAGGAGGUUCUGGCAGAAGAUGAGACGACGUCGUAUCCCAACAGCGUGCCAGCUUUCCACGGGCUGUCCUGGUCCGGCAACGCCUCGGCCGAGUACGUCUACGUUGGUCGUGGCCAACAGGUCGACUUUGAGCGUCUGAAAGAGCUAGGUGUGCCGUUGGAAGGCAAGAUCGCGCUGGCAAAAUACGGCGGUCCCUUCCGCGGCCUUAAGGUCAAGAACGCGCAAGAGAACGGCAUGAUCGGCGCCGUCAUCUUCACCGACCCGGGCGACGAUGGCAACAUCACCGAAGCCAACGGCUACGCCGCCUAUCCCGACGGCCCGGCGCGGAAUCCCACGUCCAUCCAAAGAGGCUCGGUGCAAUUCCUCUCGCAGUUCCCGGGCGACCCGACCACGCCAGGAUACCCCUCGAAGGAGGACUCGCCCAGAGCUGACACCCUCCCCGUCACCCCGCGCAUCCCGUCCGUCCCGAUCUCCUGGAAGGACGCCGUGCCAUUCCUCGCCGCGCUGGACGGCUACGGCACGCCCGGCGAGGAAGUCAACCGCACGGGCUGGAUCGGCGGGCUGAACGUGACGUACAGCACGGGGCCGUCGCCCGCAACCAUCAACCUGUCGAACCUGAUGCGCGACGAGAUCACGCCCAUCUGGGACGCCAUCGGCAUCAUCAACGGCACCAACCCGUCCGAGACGCUCGUCAUCGGCAACCACCGCGACGCGUGGAUCGUCGGCGGCGCCGCGGACCCCAACUCGGGCUCGGCCGUGCUGGUCGAGCUCUCCAAGGCCUUUGGAAAACUCCUCGCCAACGGCUGGAAGCCUCGCCGCAACAUCGUGCUGGCCAGCUGGGACGCCGAGGAGUACGGCCUGUACGGGUCGACCGAGUGGGUCGAGGAGUACAUCCCCUGGCUCGCCGAGACCACCGUCGCCUACCUCAACAUCGACGUCGGCGCGUCGGGCCCGCGGCCGGACUUCGCGGCCACGCCUGAGCUGCACACGAUCGCGACCGAGGUGAUGAAGAAGGUGCUCUGGCCGCACGUUGGGACGGGCGAGCUGAACGAGACGCUGUACGAGACGUGGGUGAAUGGGUUGACGGAGGGCGAGUUCGGGGUGCUGGGGAGCGGGUCGGACUAUACGUCUUUCCUGCACAACGGCAUUAGUUCGAUCGAUAUGGGUGCGGGCGGCGGGCCGGACGAUGCUAUCUACCACUACCACUCCAACUACGACACCUACCACUGGAUGACCGCCUACGGCGACCCAGGCUUCGUCGUCCACAAAGCCAUCGGCCAGUUCCUCACCCUCCUCGCCUACCACCUCGCCGACGACCCCAUCAUUCCCUUCGACAUCCCCAACUACACCACCCAACUCCGCCUCUACUUCGACGAGCUGAACACCACCAUCACGGACGCCGACGCCACGGAAGCCGUCGACCUCGCCCCCCUCGCCGCCGCCAUCGACACCUUCGACCAAUCCGCCACCGCCAUCGCCGCCGUCGCCGCCGAGGCGGCCGUCACGGGCGACGAGGUGCUGAUACGUCGUGUGAAUUCCAAGUAUCGCGACUUCCAGCGCGGCUUCACGUCGCAGGGCGGCCUGCCCGAUCGCGAGUUUUUCCGGCACGUCGUCUUCGCGCCGGGCAUAGACACGGGGUACGCGCCCGUCACGUAUCCGGGCGUGACGGAGGCGGUCGAGGCCGGGAACUUGACGCUCGCGGCGGAGGAGGUGCAAAGGGCCGCGAGGGCGAUUGAGAGGGCGGCGGGGAUUUUGGUGCCUUGA